AUGCGGAACCAAUUUUCUGCUGAAUGUAUUUUCAAAGAAGAAAUGUUGGAAAAUUUGUUCAAUUUAUAUUCGUCAUGCUCUUACGGCUCCAAGCAUAAGCCAUGGUAUGUUGCUUUAAAGCAAAAUGGGCGACCAAAAAGAGGUAAUCGGGCUAGAAAAAAGAAAAAAAGUACACAUUUUAUGUUUGUUAAAUAUGACGGCGAUAAGCCAAAUGAAGUCUUUGAAAACAUCGCGAAACUUCGACGACAAAGUGGCGGACAUUCAAGGCCAAUCCGUUAUGUUGAGGACCACGGUGACGGUAAAUCAGUUUCGGAACUUCAACCUUUGAAUGCAUCUUUACAAGCGAUGUUACGAGCGUUGAACGCAACCAAAUCCGGGGGCAACCUUGUUGUGAAACAGCUUGAAAGCAGAAAUAUUGUCAGGAAUUCAUUCAAAAAGCGCGUACGAAGUCGACUGGAAAGAGAGGAACUAAAGCGAACGAGAAGGAGAGAACAGUUAAAACUUUUGAGGUUAAGAGCAAAAUUAGAGGAAGCAGAACGAAAAAAGCGACGAAAAGAAUUGGAUAAUAUUUCGUUAACUGAAAAAUUACAGCAAGCUGCGGCUGUAACUUCGGAUUCAGCAGAAAGAAUUAAGCUAGAAAUUAAUGAAAAUUCUGCCUGGAUUAGUGAUUACAAACGAAGUAUUGAAUCAUUAAAACAGCAGAUCAAUGAAAUUGAAGGUAUUCUACAGCUGCCUACACGACUGGGUGUUUCUUGA